AUGGAUCCUUCAUACCGGCGACUUUCCGAGCCGAAUUUGUUUCCACCCUUUGCAUCACCCAAAUUACGUAAAAUUCGAAAACAGUUUUCUACUGAUUCAACGAAAAACAAGGAACAGAAAAGACGUUCAGUAAACAGUUCGCAUGGUAACGAAGAAGCAAGAACUGCAGAUUACAAUGCCAGUGAUGGACAACUGGUACACACAAGACGAGGCUCUGAAACGUUUUGUGGCUCUGUCGCUGCGUACUCUAACAACCUCAGUAUCAUUAAUACGAGGCUCUGA